UACAACACUUUACUGAGGCAGUGCGUUCUGUGCCCAAAAAGCGAACAUUCAGUACGAAUAGUUUAGCAGGUGGAAUAAGCUUCCAUUUACAACUAUAAAUAAAACGAUACGACGGCAUGCGUUUAGCAAUAUAUCAGGCGGCUGCCGUCUGCCUUGGGCUGAGUCUGUUGCUCGGCUCAGUGCAGGCGCAGGAGAAUGCACAGCUGCAGAUACCGCCCUCGCUGAUCGAAUGCUACAAUACCUCCUACUUUAUGAAUCGUGAUAAUCGCUUGCCUGCCAAUAUGGAUACGCUAAUAUCGUUGAUAGAGAAAGUGGAGAAUAGCUACACAGCUACAGGAUAUACGGUGGAUAUGCGACAAAUUGCAGUAGCGCUGCUGCAUCGCUUCAGACAGGAUGGCAUAAAGCGUGCGCCUGGCGUCAACGCAGUGCCCGGUGUUAUACCCUACAGUCCCACUGGCUUUCAGUUUCCCAAGUUUCGCAUACUCUUGUCCAGAAUGCUGCCUGGCAAUGCCAACAAUUUUCCAAACAAUUCGCUGACCAGCACGGAACGCUGCUCGCUGCACUUUAUGCUCUCCAGCACGUUCGAUACGCGUCAACGUGGCGAUGAGAAUACAGUGUGUGGACAACUGUCGCAAUAUCGCGCUCAGCGCUUGCCACGCGGCAUUAAGAAGCAGCUGGCGAGCAACUUUAUAGGCGAUGCUGAGUGGCUGGAUACAAGAGAGCAGCGCCAGCGCGCAGGUGCAAAUUAUGUGCAGCAUGGCGAGCUGGACUAUGAAACAGACUGGGCUUGGUCUGGUGAUCAGGGCACGAGUCAGUGUCCAGUUGAAGACGGUGUGGUACGCACGCCUUGGGGCACUGUAUCCGCGGGCACAGUGAUCGCCGGCAUAGCCACAGGCAUGCAGCAACAGAAUAUAGCAGUAAGCACGCUGCUGGGUCUUAGCAAGCGCGUGCGCGGACGUGGUCCACAAUCGCAAACAGGCACCACACAAGUUGAUAAUCGUUGGGCUGCUACACUUGCUGGUGAUCUGGCUGAGGUUACUUUGGUACAAAUGCCUGCUGCUCAAGCUGGCGCUGCCUCUGUGGGCGCUACUGGCGGCUGGAACGACACCACCUUGCCGCAUUGGUAUUUCCUGUCGCAGCGCACUAACCUGGAGGCUACUGAUGCUGAAAUACGCGGCGGUCUCGAUGGCCUGAUACUUGCUACAAAUAUUAACAACUGGCGCACACAGGCUUCCAACAUGAAGUUGUCGCAGCUGCUGCGCAUGUACUACUCCACAACUGGUGUGCUGGGCUCUGGGAUUCAAGCCUGCAGUCGUCAGCAGCUGUUUCCGCAGGUGGCGCCUUCGCAGCAAUUGGCGCAGCAAACUGGCGCCUUUGCUCAGGUGCUGGAUGAGGGCAUGCAGCUGCGUGUUACAUUGCAACCGGAGGCUAUACAGUCGUUUGCUACUGCUGCCUCGCUAGCUUUGGUCUCCUAUGUGCCACAAUCCUUGACUGAUGUUUCAUGCACGGCUAGCAACAAUCAGGAUUUGUCGGACAUUAUAACGCCCAUGACCAAUUUGUUUGUGUUCUUGGAUACCUCCUGGCCUUACAGCACUGUAGAUGAUUAUCUAGCCUAUGUGCUGCAGCAUCUGAAUGUUCAUCCUUACGGCAGCAGCGUUACUAUAUUGUCUGCUUACGAUGGCAGCGUCAUUGUCAAUACUACCAACUAUAUAACCGAUGUGUAUCAACAAUGGAAUUAUACUACACAAAAUCAAUAUCAACAAGGUUUCAAUUUGCCCAAUGUGCUGCGUAAGGUACAAAAUCUCACACAGCAACUGCUAAUUGGUGAGCAAACCAAUUCCAGCGUUGGUGGACGCUCCUUGGUGGCUUUGAUUAUGCCCAAUCAAGGCACUGUUAACGAUGGCGACUCGAGCUAUGCCACUGCAGAGCUGCAGUAUAUAUAUGAGCAAAUACCCGAUCUGCGUUUUAUUUACUACGCUGGCGGCAGCAUACAACGCUUUAAUAGCUUUGUGCGCAAUCCACAGCUGGACAUAUUUUCGCUGCAAACAGGCAGCGCUGUAGCUACGUCAGCAGCGCCCGUAGCCAGACGCAUAGCCAAGAUACCGCGUCGCAUUAUCAAUCCACGUUGUGGCUCUACUUGGUGGACCAACAACUGGGGCACAGAUCAAAUGUAUCAAUAUGUUAGUCCUGGCACCGUAAACUUCUAUCGCGUUGCCUCCAACUAUUUCUUCCGCGCUGGCACCAAUCGUGUGGUCACCAUACAAGCACAAAACGGCGGCAGCUUUACUAUAUGCUCAUCACGCAGCAAUGAAUGGCCCAUGCAAAAUGCCACCUACAACAACAAUAACAACAAUAACAAUCAACAAAACAAUGGCAAUCAAAACUGCGCACAGAUUAGCGGCAAUAGCUUUAGCUAUGAUCUAUCUAAUGCCUGCAAUGGCUACUACACCAUUACACAAUGUCCGCCCUUGUAUCUGUCUGUGCAGCCUGGCGCUAUAAAUACCACAUCCUGUAAUCAAAACGAAUGCCAGACGCCUGCUCAAUGGCGUUAUAUGGUUUCUGUAUCCAACAUGGACUGCAAGAGCGGCGUAGCUGGCUUGGCGGCCAGUCUAUUCACCUUGCUGCUGGCUGCGCUGCUGCAAAAGUUCUUGCAGUAGCUUGUGCUAUGUACAAAAGCGUGACAAUUCCAAUAGCAGAGUUCAAAAAACACAAAAUUUAAUCAGCAUAAAUUAUUAUUAUACAUUUUU